GACUAGAGGAGCGAAACAGACAGCAGGGUGAGGACAGACUGACACACGGACAUGCAAUACAAAAGGCAUGCGUAACGCCAGCAGGGGGCGUGCUCCGCUGACUGAGAUGCGGUGUGCUGCCCUCACUCGUCCCCUAAAAUACUAACAGAUAAAAUGGCGUCCGAAAACAGCCCCGAGUCCCAAGAAGAGGACACAUCUCUGUUAGAGAAGGACACACAGCAAGAUGCACUUCAGGAAUGUGGGACAGUCGCGAGACAAAGCGAACCUAAACUGACUGUGUAUCACUGGACGCAGUCCUUCAACUCCCAGAAGGUGCGUCUGGCCAUCGCAGAGAAAGGUUUGCACUGUGAGGAGUACGACGUGAGCCUCCCGCUCAGCGAACACAACGAGCCCUGGUUCAUGCAUAUGAACCCGACCGGUGAGGUGCCGGUGCUCGUCCACGGGGAAAACGUCCUCUGCGACCCGACGCACAUCAUGGACUACCUGGAGCAGCGUUUCAACGAUGAAGGCACCCCCAAGCUGAUCCCUGAGGAGGGCAGCACUUACUACCACAGAGUGCAGCACUACAGAGAGCUGCUGGACUCACUACAGAUGGACGCCUACACCCACGGCUGCAUCCUCCACCCUGAGAUCACAGUGGACUCACACAUACCAGCUUACGCUGCCACAUGCAUACGAACACAGAUCGGAAACACACAGUCUGAGCUGAAGAAGCUGGCGGAGCAGAACCCAGAGCUGAAAGAUGCUUAUGUAGCAAAGCAGAGACGCUUGAAGUCCAAGUUGUUCGACCACGACAACAUGAAGUACCUGAAGAAGCUUCUGGAUGAACUGGAGGGUGUGAUGGACCAGGUGGAGACGGAGCUGCAGAGGAGGGUCGAAGAAACGCCAGAAGAAGGCAGUCAGUCCUGGCUGUGUGGGGAUUUCUUCAGCAUGGCCGACGUGUCUCUGGCGGUCACCUUACACCGCCUGAAGUUCCUCGGCCUCUCCCGCCGCUUCUGGGGCAACGGUACCCGCGUGAACCUGGAGACGUACUACGAGCGUGUGGUGGAGCGCCCGGCCUUCAGGAGAGUGCUGGGCCACGUCAACAACAUCCUCAUCUCCGCCGUACUUCCUGUGGCGUUCCGCGUGGCCAGGAAGAACGCACCGGUCAUUCUUGGCACCACUCUGUUGAUCGGCGUCCUGGGGGGAGCGACGUACCUCGCUUUUCUUUACAUGAAGAAGAGGCUGACUGUCUCCUUCUGAGGGAGACACGUGUUGCUUUGGGACUGGAGGGAGAUAAACACAGAGAAAUGCGAUUUCAGUAAUUUAGGCGAAUGGAAACAAAUAUUAAUCUUCUUGUUUUCUGUUUUGCUGGUUGCACAAAAUGCACUUUUAUUCACCCCGACUGCUGCAUUCCACCAAAUCAUCACCUCGGUACUUCAUGUUUUUAUUUCUUAUAACUCACAUAUAAAAUAUCUGUUUUUGUAGCGCUACAAAAUAAGAGUCAGCUUCCAAACAGCUUUGUAUUCACUUGUGUUUCAGUAGAAGGUUUAAAUAUAUUAGAUGAAGAUGAACAGGUUGUAGGAGAUAAACUUUACAGGUGCUGGAUUAAACAUAUAAGGCAAGAAUUAUUAUUAUUAUUAUUUUUUAAUUGUGCAUCAUUUUGAUCUAACAGAAGUCUUUGUCAGGCAUUGUAAAAAUAUAUGAUGAAUAAAUUAGAUGUCAAAAUAUACAAAUGAUAGUAGCCCGACUCUUUUAGCUCGUCUUUUACGACCCAUAUAAUAAAAUAACAUAAAAUAGAACUUUAUUUAUCUCGGGGGAAAUUGUUGUGCACCUAUCAAAUAAACCAUAAAUAUAUAUUUAAAAUAUAUAUAAAUAUAUAUUUAUAAAUGGCUCAUGAAUGUACCAUUCCUGUCUGACAAAAUAGAAAAUACAUGUCCAAAAAUGUAUACUUGUGACUGUAUGCCAUGCAAGUGUCCCAUAACUUAUACAUAGUACAAGUAGAUUCUCAUACUGAUUUAUAAAUGGGCUGAAAGGUGCACAACACAAGCUUGGUCAGGCAUCUUUAUGUGAAAUUAAAUCCCUAUUAAGAGCCUAAUAUGUGCAUGUUAGAAAUGUAAAAAGUACCAAGAGGCCUGAGUCUGCAGUCUGCAGUCUGAGUCUGCAGUCUGAGUCUGUCUACAUUUGACAAGCCUCUGUAGGAUCUCCCUGUUAUCAUGUUUUACUGUGUGACUGACGAAUAAUACUUUGAAAUAUUCUCUCUGUAACAGCUGAACGGAUGCUUUUCCAUCAGUCAUAAUUCAUUACUGUGUGGAAAUAAACUCCUCCCAAACAAUCUGCAGUGUUAAAAACAAUUCUUAACUCCGCAUCAGUUCACAGACUGUCACACAGCGUGAAGGUUUAUUUCACAGGGAAACAUCUGAAGGACAUUCAGUCAACAUCUGCAGUCAUUAGUUGUCCGACCUCCAGGCCAGCGUGACAGUCAACAUACGCUCAGCUGAUUGAAGCUCCUCCUCACACAGACACAUGCGACGCCUUUCAACAAAGCCUGGCCUUUGUUUCCAGUGUCCACAGGGCUGGUGGAGCUGUCAAAGAAAUGCCUCACACGUGUUAAAGCCACAUGUGAGCCGAGCUGUCAGAAGACCAUAACCUCAUGCUAGUGCGAGCUCUGGAAAAUCAUACCCCUGCAAAAUGGCAACCAAAAUGACAUCAUUUUAGCUC